AUGGCAGAGCCACCAGCGAAGCGCGCACGUCGUGUUAAUAGUUCGGCCAUGUGGGAUACGGAAGAACGCAGGACACGAUCGCCAGAGGCAGACUCAGCAGUAGACAAGGCUUCUCGGCGUGAUACUCACAUCGAGGACGGACGACGAGACGGCCACCGCGAAGACAGGAGAUAUCGAUCUCGGUCUAGGGAUAGGCGAGAGAAGCGGAGAGAGCGAAGUAGGUCUACGGACUAUAGAGACCGCGACCGCGACCGUGACAGCGACAGACGAGACCGGAUUAGAGAUGGACGGGAUGCCAGAGCUCGCGAUAGGAGCACUAGUCGGGACAGAUAUAGCGAGCGUCGAGGCUAUCCUUCAAAAGGCGACAGAUAUCGCGACCGUUCUCGAUCCCCUAUGCGUAACGGUACUAGAGAAAGAGCAUCACCACCCCGCGGCUCAAGGAGCGACCGAAGAAAUGAUCGCAGAGAUUACCGUGAUAACGCAAAUGGUGUAUCCGAUUCCAAAUCACGAGCGGAUCGCGGAAGGGACGACAUAAAGAUGGACAUUGAUGACGCCAAUGAGGAGGAUGAUAUUGAGGUGCUCAUGCGGCGCAGCUUGGGCUUCUCCAAAUUCAGAAGCACCAAAAACACAAAGGUUCCGGGGAAUAACAUUUACGGCGUGCGCAAGGAGAAGAAGACAGAAUACAGACAGUAUAUGAACCGCCAGGGAGGAUUCAACAGACCUCUUAGCCCUUCUCGGUGA